AUGCAUCUUUCAAGAGCUAAACGUCAGUUGAGUGUUGUUGAUCAAGCUUUUAUACAUAAACUUUUGAGUGCAAAGGUGGGGGCAACUACAUCAUAUAGACUAAUGUGCGUUAUAAAAGGAGGAUGUGAAUUUGUUGAUGGACUAGAGAUAGAUUGGAAAAAUUUUACAAGGGAUAUAAAUUGUCACAUCGGGGGAACUGAUGCAAAUUUGUUGAUUACAAAGCUUCAGAAUCGUAGAGAGAAUGUUACAAAUUUUACAUACGAAUACAGAUGUGACAAGAAGCAGUUAAAUGCUCUCUUUUGGGCUGAUGACACUUCAAAACAAAACUAUGAGUUAUUUGGGGACGUUGUUUCGUUUGAUGCAACAUAUCGUACAAACAGGUAUUGUAUGGUAUUUGUACCUUUUACUGGCAUUGAUAAUCACAAAAGGUGCGUCACUUUUGGAGCUGGUUUGUUGUGUAGAGAAGAUACAAAUUCCUAUAUUUGGUUACUUCGGUCAUUCUUGAAGUGUUUUGGAAAAGCACCAAUCAUGGUCGUGACCGAUCAAGAUCCAACAAUGAAAAAAGCUAUUGAGAUAGUAUUUCCAUACACAAAACAUAGAUUUUGUAUGUGGCAUAUCACAAGUAAACUUCCAUUGAAGGUAAGCUGGGAAACAAUGAAUGAAUCAGAUUUUAAGGCGGACUUCAAUAGUAUAGUAUGGGACUCCAAAAUUGCUGUCAAUGAUUUUGAAAUGAGAUGGGAUGCAUUAAUGGUAAAAUAUAAGUUGCAAGACAAUAAAUGGAUGAAAGAUAUGUUUGAUUUGAGAAGCAGUUGGAUUCCAGCCUAUUUUAAAGAUGUACCGAUGUCAGGUCUAAUGAGAACAACUUCUCGGUCAGAAAGUGAGAAUUCAGCAUUCAAUAGGGUAUCGCAUCAUGGUUAUACGUUAAACAAUUUUAUGAAUGCUUUUGAGUCUGUUAUGGAAAGGCAAAGGAAUAAUCAGAUCAAAUUUGAUUUUGAUACAUCUACUAUAAUUCCAAUCAUCAAAACACCUCUUGCAGAUAUGGAGAAACAUGCAUCUAUGGUAUACACCAGGACUAUUUUUCUCAUGGUGCAGAGGGAGAUUCUUCAUUCACUUGUUUCUUGUUCACAGAAGAGUGUUACAUCAGGCGUUGUUUCUGACAUAUGCAUUGUCAAACAUAAAAGGACAAAUAUAUCAAAGAAGAAGGUAGUAGUUGAGAAAAAAGAAAAAGUUGACAUCGAUUCUGAAUGGAAUUUUAACACAAGUGAAGGUGAUUUUGAGGUUGAAUUCAACAGAGAAGAUCUAACGGUGAAAUGUUCAUGCAUGCUUUUUGAGCGGUUUGGAAUUUUUUGUAGACACAUCUUCUGUAUUCUAAAGAUUUAUGACAUACAAGAGAUUCCGUCCAGAUACAUUCUUAAGAGAUGGAGAAGAGAUAUUAUCCCCACCACAGUUUUGAAAAGGACGUUUAGAUAUAGUGAUUCGUCUGGAAAUGUUGAGAAGGUUGCAUACAAAGCUUUUUCCAUGCUUGAUCAAUGUCUGUCUUCAUUAAGUAAUGAUGACAAGAAGUUAGAAGAGUUCAUGCAGAAGCUUGAAGUUUUUAUGACUGAUAUUGGUGAACAAGGUUCAGACAAAGUACCGGUUACAAAAGAAGAUCAUAUUGAUAAACUUUACGGAGCUACUACGAAUCCUGAAGUUGUUGAUGUUGAAAAUCCACCUAUGGUGAAGAAUAAAGGUUCUGGUACAGGAAAACGUUUAAAAAGUGCUUUGGAGAAGGCUACUAUUCAAGGUAACAAGCAAUCAAGAUCAUGCAAAACAUGUGGGGUUAAAGGGCAUAAUUCAAGGAAAUGUUUGACAUUGUUGAAUAAAUCCAAGGUACAAAGUGCAUAGUUGUGUCUAGAAAUAUAUUUCGAUUUUUUUCGUAUUUCAAUAAAGUUCAAUAAUACCAUAUAGAUAAAAGUUUGACUUUUUUAGUUUGGAUAUUUUUCUGUUGUUUUGGUUUGUGAUGAUGUAUGAGACAUUUGGGUUGUGAUGAUGUGUUAUACAUUUGAGAACAUAUUGA